AUGAAGUUCUCUCUUCUCGCCUUCACUGGUCUUUUGCCCAGCGCCUUCGCCGCUGUCGCCGCCACCCCCUUCGAGGUUCGCGCCCUCGAGGCUAACCAAAACUUUGAAGUCGCCGCCGGCAACUACAACUUCACUGAGGACUUUGCCCCCGCCCUCGCCUACACCUUCAACGCCAUUGCCUCCAUCCCCGACGACGUCCUCGCUGCCGGCGAGGAGGCUGCCAACGAGUGGUUCGUCGAGAACAACUACCGUAGCCCCGGCGCCGAGCUGGCCGCCGACACCGACGCCGAUUUCGCCCUCGAGGCCCGUGACUUUUGGAAGGUUACCAAGUGCGUCGGCUCCGUCAUGUGGGCGAUUGGCUCCACGGCCAUUCCCGUGGCCAAGAUUGCUCGCAUCAAGAAGUACAUUGAGGCUCUGGGCGGUGUCAAGAAGGCCGUGCAGCUCAUGCUCGGCGCGACCACCAAGGCGGAGAAGCUCAAGGCUGGUGGCCAGGCACUUGUCAGUCUCAGCGCCGAGUUGCUUGGAAUUGCCGGCGUCAAGGCCAACUGCUUCUAA